CGCGCCGCCGCCCCGCAGUUCUCGCGAGAGUUGGGGAUUCGCGAGCGCCGGGACUUCGUUUCCCCCAGCGCUCCGGAAGCGGUCGCGCGGCGCUUCCGGUGUGGCGGCGGGCGGAGCUCCCGGUGCGGCGGGGAUGGACGUGACCGGGCCCGAGACCGACUGGCGCAGCACCAACUUCCGGCAGAAGCUCGUCAGCCAGAUUGACGACGCUAUGAGGAAGGCUGGCGUUGCCCAUAAUAAAUCCAGCAAAGAUAUGGAGAGUCAUGUGUUUAUGAAGGCCAAAACAAGGGAGGAGUAUCUUUCUCUCGUGGCCAGACUGAUUAUCCAUUUUCGAGAUAUUCACAAUAAGAAAUCUCAAGCCUCGGUCAGUGAUCCAAUGAAUGCCCUGCAGAAUCUAACUGGGGGUCCCCCAGCAGGGGCGCCAGGAAUGGCCAUGGCUUCCCGAGCUCAAGGAGCACCAAUGAGUGGGAUGAGUGGUCUUGGCCCAGUGGGACAACAGAUGAGUAUCCCGGGGCAGCAGCAGCCUCCUGGAACUUCGGGAAUGGCCCCUCAUGGUAUGCCUGGUGUCUCUACAGCUACUCAGCCAACCCAACUGCAGCUUCAGCAGAUAGCACAGCAGCAGCAGCAACAACAGCAGCAAUUCCAGCAGCAGCAGGUGGCUUUGCAGCAGCAGCAGUUCCAGGCCCAGCAGUCAGCCAUGCAGCAGCAGUUCCAUGUCCAGCAGCAGCAGGCAGCAGCGGCUGCUGCAGCCCAGCAGCAGCAGCAACAACAGCAGCAACAGUUGCAAGCGGUCCAGCAGCAGCAACAGCACAUGCUGAAACUGCAGAUGCAGCAGCAGCAAAACCAACAGCAGAUGCAACAGCAGCAGCAGCAACUCCAGCGAAUUGCCCAAAUGCAGCAGCUGCAGGCAGCACAGGCUAUGCAGGCACAGCAACAGCAGCAGCAGCAACAACAGCAGCAACAGCAGCAACAGAUACCACAACAACAGAUACAGCAGCAGCCGCCUCAACAAGUAAUGCAACAGCAGAUGCAACAGAUGCAGCAGCAACAGCAACAGCAGCAGCAACAGCAGCAACAACAACAACAGCAGGUUGCGCAGGCACAACAGUCUCAGCUUCCACCACAAUCCCAGCCUCAACCCCAGCCCAUGGUGUCUCAGCCACAGGCAAUCUCAGGACAAAUUCCUAGUCAGGUUAUGCCUGUUACUCUUACGCCGCAGCAAUUAAAAGCAAUGCAGGUGAGAGCUCAGCUGGUCCAGCAGCAGCAGCAGGCAGCAGCAGCAGUGCAGGCGGCUCAGGCCCAAGCUGCUCAGAUGGGAGCUUCAGGGCAGAUGAUCACCGCACCUAUGGCCCGAGGUGGGAUGCAAAUAAGACCACGGUUCCCGCCUACCACCGCUGUGUCUGCUACACCGCCAAGCUCCAUUCCUUUGGGCGGACAGCAAAUGCCACAGGUCAGCCAGAACAACAUUACCAUGAUGUCAUCGCCCUCUCCUGUCCAGCAAGCUCAAACACCCCAGUCCAUGCCUCCGCCACCACAGCCACAGCCGUCUCCUCAGCCAGGCCAGCCAACUUCUCAGCCAAAUUCCAAUGUCAGCUCUGGCCCAGCUCCAUCACCCAGCAGCUUUCUCCCCAGUCCAUCUCCACAGCCGUCCCAGAGCCCAGCAGCUGCACGAACACCUCAGAACUUCAGUGUCCCAUCCCCAGGUCCCUUGAACACUCCAGGAAAUCCCAAUUCUGUCAUGAGCCCGGCCAGUUCUUCCCAGUCAGAGGAGCAGCAGUAUCUGGAGAAACUCAAACAGCUGUCAAAAUAUAUUGAGCCACUCCGGAGGAUGAUCAAUAAAAUAGAUAAAAAUGAAGAUAGGAAGAAGGACCUGAGUAAAAUGAAGAGUCUCUUGGAUAUCCUGACUGACCCUUCAAAACGGUGCCCUCUGAAGACCCUGCAGAAAUGUGAAAUCGCCCUGGAGAAGCUGAAAAAUGACAUGGCUGUGCCUACGCCGCCGCCUCCCCCGGUACCCCCCACCAAACAGCAGUACUUAUGUCAGCCACUCUUGGAUGCUGUUCUGGCCAACAUCCGUUCACCGGUCUUCAACCAUUCCCUUUACCGUACAUUUAUGCCGGCUAUGACUGCAAUUCACGGGCCACCCAUCACGGCUCCAGUCGCUUCCCCUCGAAAACGGAAAUAUGAAGAGGAUGACAGGCAGACCAUACCAAAUGUCCUACAAGGGGAAGUUGCAAGAUUAAAUCCUAAAUUCCUGGUGAACUUGGACCCUUCCCACUGCAGUAAUAAUGGAACGGUUCAUCUCAUAUGCAAGCUAGAUGACAAGAACCUGCCGAAUGUCCCACCGCUACAGCUCAGUGUUCCAGCAGAUUAUCCGGAUCAGAGUCCCUUGUGGAUAAAAAAUCCCAGGCAGUACGCAGCCAACCCCUUUUUGCAGUCGGUGUACCGGUACAUGACCUCCAAACUAUUGCAGCUUCCAGACAAGCAUUCAGUCACAGCACUCUUAAACACCUGGGCACAGAGCAUUCGUCAAGCCUGCCUCUCUGCUGCGUAACAUCUCGCUUUCUAAAUUCUCAAGCAAGAAAGAAGGUCUUGGCAGUUGUCACUUCCACACGCCCUGGAAAAUUGCAGGUGUUUUGCGGAGGCUAUUCCAGAAGAAAGCAGCCUUAUGUUGUUUGGUUCCUAGGUGUUGGGUUCAGUAGAGAACCUGAUGUUAGACUUAGCUUUCGUGCUCUUUAUCUUCUGCCUCUGUGGACUUCUGCCAGCAUUUUCAGAAACAGAAUGUGUACAUAUGGUUCCUGAGACUGUAUUAGGAUGAGUUUUUAUUGUCUUCUUAGAGAAGAAAUUAUUUGUGGACUUCCAUCAGGAAGUCUGGUAUAAGAGGGAGGAGGGAGAGAAUGUCCUAAUAUGCUUCCGUUCGCUCAGUGCCAGCGUUCCUCUUGCAUUGUGUCCUGUGACCCGAUACCACCCAGAAAUAAAAGAGCUCAACUGGAAUAUGCUUGCCAGCUCCUCGUAUUUGCAGGAAUCUUUUUGCCUGUUGACUUUACCCGGCAUGGGACAAACUGGCUUCACGGCAUCCCUCAGAUUUACAGGGGGGCACCAAAUAGAGCAAGAAAAAGGUAUUUUAUAGUUUAUUUUAAACACUACUUUGUAUCGAUGGUUUUUGGUUAGCACGGGCCACGAUUUUUGCUCCAGAAGAGCGAGGCAAUGAGAAAGAUUCAUGUGCACAGUAACGUCUGCAAUAAACUCAGUACCUGGGUACAGAAAGAUGGGGGGAGCCCAACAGCAUCAAGCCCUGGUGACACAAGUAAAUCCAGUGGAUGUGUAGCUAUGGUCCUUCUUUACUGAGAUUCUCUCUAAGCUCACCAGCUUCCUCUGGUGCUUGUCAGCCAUCAGCUGCCUCAGCGUUGGGCACCUCUAAGGAAAACGUUUGCCACAAGUAACUCCUAUUUCACAUAGAGUGUGCUUGUUUUAUUUCCCCAUGUUUAUAAGUUGCUCACUCUUAGUUUCCUGGUACAGAAGAAUUCCAGAUUUCCAUGUUUCGUGUUAAAUCUUGCUCUAACUUCCCUUAUUGUGCAGCAAACCGUAUAGGGUAGCUGGGCUCUGAGUGGCAACAAGAAAUGGCUGUGACCUUUGUAAAUCUGUGUGGUGUCACCAGUUCGGGACGUUUUUACAUGUGGGUGGGUACUUGUUAAGCACCAACCAAGGCAGAACACGAUCAGUAUUUUGUACAGGAACAAA